AUGAGUAUUCCCUGUCCACCACCACCAGGCGAAGAGACAGGAGAUCAGAGCGGAUCUCAAGGAAAGAAGAUCCGAAUUGGCAUAUGUGCGAUGAAUCGAAAGGCCACGAGUAAGCCUAUGAAAGCGAUUAUGUCGAAAAUCGUUGAUUAUUAUAAGGACUGGCUGGAAUAUUUCAUUUUUCCUGAGUCCAUCAUCCUUCACGAACCGGUGGAUCGAUGGCCGCUUUGUGAUUGUUUGAUUUCGUUUCACUCAACGGACUUCCCAUUACACAAAGCUAUAGAAUACGUUAAGCUUCGUAAACCUUAUGUGAUCAAUGACUUGAAGAGGCAGUAUGAUUUGCUGGAUCGCCGGAAGGUGUUCCGUACUUUAGCAAAAGAGGGUAUCGAACAUCCACGUCAUGGUGUUCUGAUUAGAAGCGAUGCUAAUGAGGAGGAUGGCAUUCUUGUCGAACACAAUGACCAUAUAGAAGUGAAUGGGAUGGUAUUCAAUAAACCAUUUGUGGAAAAACCGGUAUCAGCUGAGGAUCAUAAUAUUUAUAUUUACUAUCCGAGCUCAGUCGGUGGAGGAUCGCAACGAUUAUUUCGGAAGAUCAAUAAUCGAAGUAGUUGGUAUUCGCCUGUGAGUGAAGUGCGCAAGGAUGGUUCAUACAUUUAUGAAGACUUCAUACCAGCCGACGGCACGGAUGUAAAGGUCUACGCUGUAGGUCCGUACUACGCCCACGCGGAAGCACGAAAAGCGCCUGGCCUUGACGGAAAGGUUGAACGAGACGCUGAUGGCAAAGAAGUUCGAUAUCCAGUGAUACUCAGUCACAAGGAGAAAAUGAUUGCCAGACGGGUGGUAUUAGCUUUUGGACAAACUGUGUGUGGAUUUGACCUACUUCGAGCGAAUGGAAAGUCUUACGUCUGCGAUGUUAAUGGAUUUUCUUUUGUAAAAACGUCCACCAAGUACUAUGAGGAUACUGCCAAGAUUCUUGGAAAUACAAUUAUGCGUCGACUAGCGACUACAAUGAGUGUCAGAAUACCGUAUCAGAUGCCAAUAGGAGAGCAAGAACCGCCACCUCUUUUGGAUCUCGGUUUAGGAGAAGACCCUCCUUUUGUUUCGACACCGUCCGGAAAACUUAUGGAGCUUCGCUGUGUUUUAGCAGUGAUAAGACAUGGUGAUCGGACACCAAAACAGAAGAUGAAGGUAAUCGUACAUGAUGAGCGAUUUUUCGCUUUGUUCAAAAAAUACGAUGGCUUCAAAAAGAAUGAAAUCAAAAUGAAGCGUCCGAAUCAGUUGAUGGAAGUGCUGGAAUUGGCUCGCCAAAUCCUUGCAGAACACAUUACCAUGCGAAACACCCUGCUUUCGUCGAUGGAAGAUUACGAAGAUUCGGGAGACGAAUGUGCACGCUUGGAGCAUGAACUUGAGCAAGUCGAGGACGGCAUCAAACGUUGGGAUCAGAUGCGAGCAGUGCUAGAAAUGUAUGGUCAUUUCUCCGGUAUAAAUCGAAAGGUUCAACUGAAAUAUCUGAAGGCUCGUGAAUUUCGUGCUGGUGAAAAUGAGGAGACAACACAACAGGGACCAGCGCUGCUUCUCAUUCUUAAAUGGGGUGGAGAAUUAACGACUGCUGGUAACCUUCAAGCUGAAGCUUUGGGCAAACUUUUCCGUACACUUUAUCCUGGCAUUCGUCGGGCAGAUGGGAAGAGUUCACCAGAAGAUACUCAAGGUCUCGGAUUUCUGCGGCUGCACUCAACUUAUCGUCAUGAUCUCAAAAUCUAUGCUUCUGAUGAGGGGCGAGUACAAAUGACGGCAGCCGCUUUUGCAAAGGGCAUGCUUGCUCUGGAAGGUGAACUGACACCCAUUUUGAUGCAAAUGGUGAAGUCAGCUAAUACGGAUGGUCUUCUGGACGACGACUGUCAUGCAAGAGACUUUCAAUGCGAGCUCAAAGGGUACCUUCAUCAAGCACUGCAGGUGGACCGCGAGUGGACUUCUGAAGACUAUCGAGCGUUGAAUCCAGACGGGUUGAAGUCGAUCAAUAAUGCUAUGGAAUUUAUUAAAAACCCGAAGAAAAUGUGUCACGAAAUCGCCGGUUAUGUGCAGCGGAUGUGUGAUAUCAUCAACCACAAUAAGAUAAGUAAACCAAACCGUACCUUGUAUCUGAAUGAGACUUGGGAUCUUGCGGAACGACGGUGGAGCAAAGAACUGCGUGAGUUCAGGCGUGAGAAUAAAGGUGGUGAUGUCGAAUACGACAUUUCGAAGAUUCCGGACAUUUACGAUAACAUAAAAUACGAUAUGGAACAUAAUCCUGAUCUCUGUGUCAACAAUGAGGGGGAAUUCGAGCGAAUGUAUUUGUGUGUGAAAAAUAUGGCCGAUAUAGUUGUUCCUCAGGAAUAUGGUAUUCGGAAGGAGAACAAGAUCUGUGUGGCUCAAAGAGUUUGUACACCUUUGCUAAAGAAGAUCAGGAAUGAUCUGCAUAGAUGCAUUGAAAGUUCCGAAGAAGACGAGAGUCAGACAAGACUUGAUCCAAGAGCAUCUCAAGGAAUAGCAACUCCGCUUCGACAUGUCCGAACACGGCUUUAUUUCACUAGUGAAAGUCAUAUUCACACCCUUAUGAACCUUAUCCGGUAUGGCGGGCUUUGUACGGUUGAUGAUAAGAAAUGGCAGCGAGCGAUGAACUUCCUUUCCGGAGUCACAGAGUUUAACUACAUGACACAGGUAGUUUUGAUGGUUUACGAGGACAGUCGAACUGAUAGUGCAGCAGCAGGAAAAGAACGGUUCCAUAUUGAGCUGUUAUUCUCACCCGGACUGUAUCCUUGUUUUCUGACCGAAAAAGAAAGAAUCUAUGAGAGUCGCUUGAACAAGUCCUGUGGCAUGACCAAAAGUCAUUCGCGGGAAGGGAACGUCAAUGGAUCGAAUUCUCCAGGAUCAGGAGAGGAUAAGAACGAAGAUGCGUCUCCGAUAUUUAUGACCGUUCCAACUAUUGCCGAUGACAUAUCAGUUUCGAGCACGAAUGAGGAUCAGAAGGCCGCUGAAACAGCAGGUCUGGUCAGCUCAUCAUCAAAAUCCCAUCAUCACGACUCCGAAGAUGAUCUCAAUGAUGCGCACUCCGUUAAUUUGGUUGCCUUGGACGAAGUGAACAACUCCAAACAAUACAGUGAUGAAAAAGGACCUAAAAGACAAAGACAUGCAACAGGGGGAGAGAAGGCUAGCGAAGAAGGCGAUCGACCUCGAGAGGAUCUAGAAGACUGGCGAAUACCAAAUAUGGGGAAUGGUGUGUUAAAAAGCCCUAGCCAGGUUUCUAUUGGUGAAGACGAUCACCAGGCAACUGUGGGUCAUGGAAGAGGGAAAUGGGCUAAAGACUUACUAGAUGAGACCAGAAGAGCGAUGAACAGCAUCAAAGAGGUUGAAGAAAAACAACUUGAACGCAAAGAAAGCGGAUCAAUGCCAAACACGGAGCAUAUUCUGGCCGACGAUAAAUCGCGUCGUUCACGAUUCCCGUAUAGAUUCAAACAUCAUACAGUGAAUCUACUAACAGGAGUAUCAGAGGUGCAAAAUCGGCUGAUCAGCACUAACGUGCUUAUGGGAAAAUGUGGCGGAGAUCACUCGGACAGAAAUCGUCGGCAGACAUAUAUUCCUGGACCAGCCGUUAUGUCAACAGCGGUAAUUGCUAGGUCUUCGAGUGCACCUCGACUACAAACUUACAAAGCCGAAGAUGACAUUUCAGUUGGAGAAAUUAAACGAUUCUGGCCGCCUCUUCGUUCGUUGGAGACACUACAUGACAGUAUACCUUUCGAGGAAUUCGAUCGAUUUCUCGGUCAUUUGCUCACAUCUCGAACCCCUCUCCCUUCACCACCGAAGACACCAUUGCCAGCAACUGAAGAUCUUCCUGAAUCGAAUUUCAAAGCUCUUCGAGAGGAAGUGGAACGCCUUAAAGCACUUGGAAUUAACGACAAGAAAUUGAUCUAG